AUGUCCUCUGUUCGUCUGUUGGACUUAUUUAAGCCAUUUGAAGCUUUCUUACCUGAAGUUAUUGCUCCAGAAAGAAAAGUGCCUUACAAUCAAAAAUUGAUUUGGACUGGUGUCUCUCUAUUAAUCUUUUUGAUUCUAGGUCAAAUCCCAUUAUAUGGUAUUGUCUCUGCUGAGACUAGUGAUCCUUUAUAUUGGUUAAGAGCCAUGCUGGCUUCUAAUAGAGGUACUCUAAUGGAAUUAGGUGUCUCCCCAAUCAUCACCUCUUCCAUGAUCUUCCAAUUCUUACAAGGUACUCAAUUGAUCUCUAUCGAUCCAAAAAAUAAACAAGAUCGUGAAUUGUUUUUAGUUGCUCAAAAAGUUUGUUCUAUUGUCUUGACCUUCGGUCAAGCUUUAGUCGUCGUAUUGACUGGUAAUUACGGGAAACCAAGCGAUUUAGGUAUUGCCAUCUCUUUAAUCUUAGUUUUCCAAUUGAUGUUUGCUUCCUUCAUCGUUUUAUUAUUAGAUGAAUUGUUAACUAAAGGUUACGGUCUAGGCUCAGGUAUCUCUUUGUUCACCGCUACAAACAUUGCCGAAACUAUCUUCUGGAAAGCGUUUGCUCCAACUACCGUUAAUACUGGUCGUGGUAACGAAUUCGAAGGUGCUGUCGUCGCUUUCUUCCAUUUGAUCUUCGUUAGAAAGGAUAAGAAGAGAGCUCUUGUCGAAGCCUUCUACAGAACUCCUUUACCAAACAUGUUCCAAGUUCUGGCUACCAUCGUUGUCUUCUUAUUUGUUCUAUAUUUACAAGGUUUCAACUACGAAAUUCCUGUGAGAUCUACUAAGAUCAGAGGUCAAGUAGGUUCUUUCCCAAUUAAAUUGUUCUACACUUCUAACACUCCAAUCAUGUUACAAUCUGCUUUGACUUCAAACGUUUUCUUAAUCUCUCAAAUGUUAUAUCAAAAAUUCCCAAAUAAUGCUGUCAUUCGUUUGAUCGGUGUCUGGGGUAACAAACCAGGUUCUCAAGGUAUGUCCGCUUUGUCAGGUCUGGCUUACUACAUCCAACCAAUCGUCUCCGUGAAAGAAUUCUUCUUAGAUCCAAUCAAGUCGGUUAUCUACAUCGCUUUUGUUCUAGGAACUUGUGCCUUAUUCUCAAAGACUUGGAUUGAAAUCUCAGGUACCUCUCCACGUGACGUUGCCAGACAAUUCAAAGAACAAGGUAUGGUCAUUAAUGGUAAGAGAGAGUCAAACGUCUACAGAGAAUUGAAGAAGAUCAUUCCAACUGCUGCUGCAUUUGGUGGUGCAACCAUUGGUGCCUUGUCUGUGGGAUCCGACCUUUUAGGAACUUUAGGUUCUGGUGCCUCUAUCUUGAUGGCUACUACCACCAUCUACAGUUACUACGAAACUGCCGCUAAGGAAGGUGGUUUCUCUAAGGAUUUGGUUCCAGGCUUCUCUGAUCUAAUGUAG